UCGAGUAAAUGAGACAUUUAAAUUAUUCAGUAGGCAUCAGAUGAUAUCUUUGACAUGUUGGUUGUCAGUUGUUGUUAGCACGCUGAGCUGGUAUAUUAGUAAUUUUCUGUCCUGUUAAUGGAGUGGCCCUACAAACCUUUGGUUUAUAUUGGACUAUGCACCAAAUCUUCGCUUUUUAUACCAACCCUCCUUCACUUACACUGACUCCCCAAACACAUCAAAGGGAUUCACACCCAAAAGCCAUGUUCCACCCUUCAUCUUCGUCGGCACCCAACUACAGUGACCUCUCCAUGCAGCAUGCAGUAAGCUUCUCUCCUGCUGUGUCCACAGCUCCAACCGAAAUUCCUCGCGGGGGUUUCUUCCACGACAACGGCGGCCUGUUAGCACUCCCCAAUGUUGCUGCAUCGGCGCCGCCUCCCUACCCCUCUUCCCUACCUUCCUACUACAUACACAGGAACACCAGCUCACAUUUCCUCCCUCUUCACCUCCAGUUGUCUGAACAACUCAGCAGCAAUGCCACCUUCUCUUGCUCGUCUCCUUCGGCAUGCCAGUUGCCUGCUGCACAUGUUCCUUGUUCUCCUUCCUCAUCCUCCGGCGACUUCUUGGAAUUCAGCACUGGAGCCCUGCGGCGUGUCUUCAGCACUGGUGACCUCCAGGUGAUGAAUGUCUCGCCAUCUCCGCCGCCACCACCACUUUCAGGUGACACACACGGCCAGGAUGCAGGGGGCCCUUUCACUCAGAAGGUCGGGCGAUAUAGCGCUGAAGAACGCAAGGAGAAGAUUGAGCGCUAUCGUACCAAGCGUAACCAGAGGAACUUCCACAAAAAGAUCACUUACGCCUGCAGGAAGACGCUGGCGGAUAGCAGGCCCAGGGUGCAGGGCCGCUUCGCGAGGAACGCCGAGACGGAGGCUGAGGCUGAGGCUGUUUCAGGCCUCGAGAGGGAGGCCUCCGACAACAGCUACGAGCACUGCAACUACAGCGAACUCACCACCAACAGCAGCAGCUGCUUCGACAGCAUGUGCAGGGAAAGUGGCAAGACCACAACGUCGGACGACGGCAAGUGGUGGUGGGAACCGCCGGUAGCCAAUGGGCACUAUGGGCACCAUCACUACCAGCAGCAGCAGCUUCUUGAUUUCGACGACACCGAGCUAAACGAAGAGGAUCUGUGGGCCAGUCUAGCUGACAUGUACUCCGGGAUCUGACCUGGGCCAUGCAGCGGGUGUCCUGAAUCCUGAUUGGCGCUGUCUGGUGCGAGGAAGGCAGGGAGCACCAAGAGGCGGCUGCCGUUGCCGAGCUGAGGCAGUGCGGGGGUCAGAGUAGCGUUGCUGACCUUCUUGUGCCGUAGUGAUGCAUCGCAGUCUUUAGGAGUAGUAAAAAAACUACUCGUGUAAGAACAGCUUGUUCCCUGUGUGUUCCCCAGUUACCCUAUUUUGCAAUGCAGUCUUCCACAAAGUUUGGCAGUGGUGUUGCUUUUCCACAUACCUGAAUUGUGAAGCCUGAGUGCUGCAACUUUUAGCGCCAUUGUUUUUGUCUAGU